CAGUUGUCAGUUGAGUUUACGAACAAUCAGUUGAAAUGUGCAAAAUAUUGUCAUUGCUCGGUUAUUUGCUGAUUGUUUUAAGUGUCACAUCUGUUUUGGGAGAUGAAAAUUUAACAUGCAAAAUAGGAGAAACAUUUUGGACAACGUGUACAUUAAACGGGCCGAUACUUGAGAAAGGAAGAACAAUUAUUCCUGUACGAAAUGAAGUUCAAGGCUUAUUCAUUGAAGACGACGAAAGCGUAAAAUAUUUGCCUGAUAACGUUUCAACAGUUUUUCCUAAAUUAACAAGUUACGAAGUCAGAAGAUGUUCAGUCGCUGACAUUCAUAAAUCGAAUUUCAAUGGAUUGUCGAAUUUAAUAAAACUAAGUUUAUUGAGCAAUCAAAUAGAAAGGAUCGAAGCCGAUGUUUUCGACGAUUUAGUUGAAUUGGAAACUUUGAACCUAGUUGGCAACAAAAUUAAGCACAUUAAUGUGGGUGCUUUUAAGAAUUUAAAGGAACUAAAAAAUUUAUUUUUGGUUUAUAAUCAAUUGGAGGAAUUGAAUGAUGAAUUAUUCAGAAAUCUGACUUCAUUGUAUGUCCUCAGUUUGGGAUUCAACUCAAUGAAAUCAAUCAACAAUUCAUUCGAUGGACUAAGAACACUGAACCAUUUGGAUUUAAUAGGAAAUCAAUUGGAAAAGUUGGAAAAAGACUGCUUCAAAAACUUGGAGACGUUGAAAUAUUUGACACUCUCAUCUAAUUUAAUAACGGAAGUUGAUGAAAAUGCCUUCACUGGAUUGAGUAAUUUAUACUCAUUGGAUUUAAGUCACAAUCAGUUGGUGGGAGGAAUGGAUCACGCUAUGUUUAAAGCUUUAUCUCACUUGCAUAUUUUGAAAAUGACAAACAACUCAAUUAAACAUAUUAACGCGAGUGCUUUUAAUGGAAUUGGCGAAUUAAAAACUUUGAUUUUAGAUCACAACCAAAUAGAAAAGUUGGAUCAUGUUGUGUUAACACAAUUGACAAAUUUAACUUAUCUUUAUAUGGCAAACAAUUCUAUUACUGAUGUCGAUGCCAAAUUUUUCGCCGAACGGUCGAAAUUCUUCCCCAACCUUAAGGAGGUUGAUUUAACAUCAAAUAUUUCUAUUAACAAAAUGUUUGUCCUAGAAGAUUUAAUAUCAUUGGAAGGACUCAUAAAAUGCAGAUGUGAGAAAAUUGCAGACUCGAAUGAUGUUUCAAUUGAUGAAUGUCAGAUUAAUGAAUUCAAAGAAGAAAUGUUGGCAAAAUUUUCCGAGUUAGAACAACAGUUACAUUUUUGUCGUUCUACAAUCUAA